UCGUGUUUUUCUGUUUUUGGACAGAUUACCCCGGGCAGCAAGGCGGCGCAGGGGAACCUGGUCCAGGGUGAUGUCAUCGUCGCCAUCGACGGCGUCGGCACCGACGGGAUGACUCACCUGGAGGCGCAGAACAAAAUCAAGAUGGCCAACUUCAACCUGGCGCUCACCAUGACCAAGGCGAAGCGUACGGGUUUGAUGCAGACACCGAGAAUGGACGCCGCUAUUCCCCUGAUCCCUCACCAACAGGUAACUUUACCCAUAAUGCAAUCAGAUG